AAAAAAUUCACAUGGGUGAUUAAGAAUGUUUACUCUUUGCAGUCAGAGAAGAUAUAUUCUGAUAUAUUCGUGCGUGAUCGGUGGCUGUAGAUGGCGUGUUGUGGCGGCAUAUUCCAAGGGAAUUAAAUUUAAUGACGCUCUGUCUCUGUAUCUGGCGGUUGCUGAUGCUGAGUCUUUGCCUUGUGGAUGGAGUAGACACGCAGAGUUUUCUUUUACUGUAGUGAAUCAAAUGUCUGAAGAACACUCCCAACUGCAAGAUGUCUUUCGUGAUUUUACAGAAACAGAAGGGUGGUUUGAUCACAAGACUCCUGUCUGUGGUUGUGCAUCCAGCUUUCCCCUUGGAAAACUUGAUGCUAAAUAUGGUGGAUUUAUACUGAAUUAUCAAGUCAAGGUUGUUGCAGAGGUGAAAGUUCUUGAAGCUAUCGGCAAGUCUAUCGAGGACACUACUACUAAUCCACCACCGGUAGAGGAAGUUUCUUUCACUAGUGUCUACGGGUUUCCAGUUAUUCCGUCAGAGGUGGAACUUGUGAGCCGCAUGUUUGAAAACCACCCGGACGUUGCAUUAGAGUGGAGAAAUGUAUAUAACCCAUAUUCGAAGAGAGGACACAUGUAUAGCCUAAUCGGCUUGAUUGAGACUCUGCAAAAGCCGCUUCAAGAAAUCUCAAUGUCUAAUUUAGCUAAUGCACGUGAUACAAUGGUGUUCCUCAGAUAUGCUGGACUUCAGUUGGAUUGGGUGGAGAAGAAGAUGAAAGAGCUGACCGCAAAAAAGAUGGAGAAAGAGGAACUAGGACAAGUCGAUAUUUGA